GUAACAGCACAGAUGUGGCUCAUUUGCGGAAGAUGGAGGCAGAGGAGAAAAGCGCUGGGCCGGGGCGCGGAGGGGUAGGUGGUCAGUGAUGCCUGCACGCCCGCCCGCUGGGUCUUCUCUUCCCUCCCAGCCCACCCGAGCCGCGGCGGGCUGCCCUCCGCAGGGCGAUGCCCUCACCUUUCCCUCGGCGCCGGUGCCUGCCGGGCGACUUCUCCCCGUCGGUGGACUCGCGGCCCUGCAGCAGCCCCUGCGAGCUCCCGGGGCCGACAGGGAAGCUCUUCCUGGGGGGCACCCCACCCCGGGCCCUGCGCCUUCCUCGCCGGCUGGCCUGGUGCUCAAUAGACUGGGAACAGGUGUGCCUGCUGCGGCGGCUGGGAGCCGGGGGCUUCGGCUCGGUAUACAAGGCCACCUACCACGGCGUGCCUGUGGCCAUCAAGCAGGUGAGCAGAUGCACCAAGAACCGGCUGGCAUCCCAGCGCAGUUUCUGGGCCGAGCUCAACGUCGCUCGGCUCCGCCACGCCAAUAUCGUGCGCGUGGUGGCCGCCAGCACGCGCACACCAGCGGCCUUUGACAGUCUGGGCAGCAUCAUCAUGGAGUUCGGCGGCAACGUCACCUUACACCAGGUCAUCUAUGGCGCUACGGGCUGUCCAGAGGAGGACGGGCCUCCCUGCAGUGCUGGGGAGCAAUUGAACUUGGAGAAGUGUCUCAAGUAUUCCCUGGAUGUGGUCAGUGGCCUGCUUUUCCUGCACUCCCAAGGCAUUGUGCACUUGGACCUGAAGCCAGCGAACAUUCUGAUCAGUGAGCAGGACGUCUGCAAAAUCAGCGACUUUGGUUGCUCCGAGAGGCUGGAAGAUCUGCGCUUCCGGCCUCGGCACCACCUGGGCGGCACGUACACCCACCGAGCCCCCGAGCUCCUCAAAGGCGAGCCCGUCACCCCAAAAGCGGACAUCUACUCCUUUGCCAUCACCCUCUGGCAGAUGACCACCAGGCAGGUGCCUUACUCAGGGGAGCGUCAGCACGUGCUCUACGCGGUGGUGGCCUACAAUCUCCGUCCGUCCCUCUCGGCGGCAGUCUUCACCGAGUCCGUCUCUGGGAAGAAACUGGAGGACAUCAUCCAGUGCGGCUGGACGGCCCCUGCGCAGCAGCGGCCCAGCGCACAACUCCUCCUGUUGGACCUUCGCACUCUACAAGCUGAACUGGGCUGACCCGAAACGUGUGGCCGGAUAAGCAUUUGUCUUUGUUGCUGUUCAUUUUUAACAAGAGAAGAUGUAGGCAAAAACAAAAACAAAAAACAUUGAGGUAGGAUGGAUUUUUAGAAAAUAAAGUUACCAAAAACUCC